AUGUCCUGGCACACCGUUGUCCCGGAAGCGGCACCUUCUCCCGGCUCCACCGCCCAAGAGAACCCCUGCAGUUCAGAAGGUCUCCCCCACCCCACCCCCACCCCCACCAUGGAGCUGGGGCUGGACCUGGGGUCUCCGGCUCCGACUUGUCAUGUCCACUGGCCACGUGAGAGCCAGGGCUCCCAGCCCAGUGCCUCUAAAGAGACCAAAUCAUUUGAUUUCCCAGGACAAAAGGGCCUCAUCGGAGUGGACACAGCCCAGCAGGGAAGUCCUGACAUCACACAAAAGAGAGACAACCUCAUUAUUCUGGAAUGUGGGGGGUGGGGGGGGACGAAAGGGAGAGCAGAGUUGAAAUGUGGCUUUGUACUAUACCUGACUCUGAACGAGUUUCCAAGCCUCACUGAGAACGCGUCUUCCCACAGUGAUGAGCUCCGAAACCCUGUAAGUAAUGACACAGUGAUGUCAUUCCAAGGCAAGGAAGGAGGAGGCAGACGGAUCGAGGGGAGGGGAACCCCAGGACAGAAAGCUGGUGGGGGCAGCCCCAGAAAAGAAAGAAAGGGGUGGGCCCGGUGCCGGAUGGAGAGAGAAGACCAGAAGCUGCCUCCUCGGCGCCUCACAGCUGCACUAGAAAGGAGAGGAGAGGAGGGCCCGGCGCUGAGUUGGGGGCGAGCCCGGGCGGGGCUGCCGCCUCCUAGCACUGCGCCCCGGGAGGUUGUUAGGUGGCCUUGUUGUGGAUAUGAUUCUGCUGGCACCCGGGAGACCCAGGUGUCUGCCGUGGAGACUUCACCGCACGUCCAAGAGCGGCCGUCCAUGGGCGCAAAUCAGUGCUCACGUCGUGAUCGCGCCGAGACCUGGGGCCGUUUCUCGCUCGGCACAACUUGUCUCGUGGUUCCAGAACAGCUGGGCCUCACCUUCCGCGGGGCAGAGCCCUCCGGGCUGGGACCGAGUUCUCUCUCGAAUGUGACAAGUCUCAGAAGCAAGGGAACACCUGACCCGAGCAUCCCGCCAAGCUCCGUGUCAGUCGGGAGUGAAGCGGGAGUGAGGCUUUAUCUGCGUGGAGGACAGUCUCCGUACACAUUUCUGAUUCGAGAAAGGAUAGGCCCUCCUUUCCCUAAAAGGAAUGGUGGCAGGAACGUGGUUGGCGAGCAUGGCGACCAGGACUCCUUCACUGGACCAACGUCAGGAUCCCACAGGCGAUCGGCUUUGAACAUGCCGUGCGUGAGGAAGAGUGCGAUCAUUGCUUCUGCUUCUUCAGAGUGUCCUCAGGACCGCUUCUCUGGAUCAGCGCUGGGCUCUCAAGCUGGCUUCAUGGGGCCUCCCGCCUGCUCCGUGGAGGGCAGCACCCGCAGAGAGGGUGUGCACGGAGCAAGUCCCGGCACCCACCCUCUGACUCACUCUUGGCCCUCGGAGCGCCAGCCUGUGCCGAGAAGCCCGGAGCCGCUGGAGAAGCUGCUGGGAAGUGAGGCCCGGGCCGGGCCAGCCCGCUCCGCCCUCUCCUCCCCGCACCAAGGCUGGGCCAGGCGGCCGGGGAAAGGGAAGAGGCAGGCUGGCAGAGGCUGA